GCCCGUCAUUUGGAAUUUACUCAAUAUGGCGGCCGAAUGCCACACUGUUUUGUAAUUGAGAGCUAAUACUCAGCGAAUUACUUACAAUCGAGCAGAUUUAAUAACUCGCGGAUACUCUAAGUUAAGUUUAGUGGUUAACAUCGGUGUUAUUGCGUAAAUUGCGUAAACGGUUUUAGUCAGAAAAAUGAGUUACACCACGAGGGUGGUCCAGGUGACUAAUGUGUCGCCGAGCACAACAUCGGAGCAGAUGAGGACACUGUUCGGUUUCCUGGGAACAAUCGAAGAGCUAAAGUUAUUUCCACCAGAUGACUCUCUGAUGCCGGUGACGUCGCGGGUGUGCUUUGUGAAGUUCCAGGAGCCAGAGUCUGUUGGGGUGUCUCAGCAUCUGACUAACACCGUGUUCGUCGACAGAGCACUGAUCGUGGUCCCAUUUGCCGAAGGAUCGAUUCCAGAUGAGGCUAAAGCUUUGUCACUGUUGGCGCCGGCAAAUGCUGUUGCGGGAAUCCUGCCAGGAGGCGGCCUUCUUCCAACACCCAGUCCCAUCUCUAAUCCACCUCUUGGAGCGAAUCCAUUUGGUGGGCUAAGCAUGGAUGCGAUGGCUGCUUUUGGAUUCCCAGGAUCCAGUAUGAAUUCCCAGGCUGCUGAUUUGUUGAAAUUCAUGACGGAUCCAAAACUGAAUCCCCUGGCUGCAGGCUUAACCCUGAAUUCAGCUAUGAAGGCCGAUGCAUCUAAUAAAGAAAUAGAAGAGGCCAUGAAGAGAGUCAGGGAGGCUCAGUCACUCAUUUCUGCAGCUAUUGAACCUGGGAAUAAGGGGAGCAAAAAGAAGCACUCUCGGUCCAGGUCCAGGUCCAGAAAGAGAAGGUCCACUUCACGUUCAAGAUACAGGCGAAGCAGAUCAAAGCGGCGAUCAGGCUCGAGAAGCAGGAGGGGCUCCAGAAGCCCACGCCGGAGACACACCCACCCCAGAGACCAAAGCAGGCAAUCUCCAAGUAGAUCCAGAGAUAGAAAAAAAGAUGACCGUGGGAGGAGAAGAUCCAAAACACCUCCCAAAAGCUACAGCACAGCCAGGAGGUCACGUAGCAUAAGUCGGAGACGUAGGAGAAGUCGCAGCAGUAGCAGCCGAUCUCCUAAAAAGUCCCCUAAAAUGAAAAGUUCCAGGUCUCCAUCUCCUCGAAGACACAAGAAGGAAAAGAAAAAGGAUAAGGAAAGGGAAAGGGACCGUAAGAGUGAUAAAGAGCGCAGUCGUGAGGAACGUGAACGCUCCGCCAGCAAGAAAAAGAAAAGUAAAGACAAAGAACGUGAGCGGGAGCGGAAAUCAGAUGGUGAGAAAGGAGACAUUAAGAUCACCAGGGAUUACGAUGAAGAGGAACAAGGCUAUGACAGCGAGAAGGAGAGAGGGGACAGGACAGACGACUCCGCUUUGUCUCCUCAGUCAGUAGGAGGCAACGACAUCCCGCACCCAGUGAAGCAGGCCAAAGUUAACGGUGCUGACGAUCACCACGAAGAAGACAUGGAUGUCAGCGACUGAGUAGGCUGUCCUGGUUUGUCUCACCUUGUCCCUCAGUUUUGGUUGUUAAUGUUAGAAAAACCACAUUAUUUUUCCCUCUGGGGUAAAUCUGAAUGUGAAGUGCAGUUGUAUUGAUUUCACGCAUACGUCUUCUCUGCUUUUGCAGAUGUACAAAGUGUACUGUUAGUUUUUGCUUCUGAAUUGUCAUUGGCUUUUCCUAGUGAGAUAGCCUGUCUUUGUUUGUCACUUUGCUUUAAGGUACUAUCUGCUUUUUGCCUCUACAAAUGUAAUUUGUAGAAACUGGAGUACUGCAGGCUUGCUUUUCUUUUCUUGAGCUUGUAAGAUUGUCACUUUACCUUUUUGGUUAGUAUUGUAUGAUUAAGCCUCUUUCUACAUCUUUUUGAAACAGUUACAUUUGCUCAUUUGAAAGCAUUGUUUUAUCAAGUGUUUCUUUUAUAAUAAAGCCUAUAUUAAACAUU